AGCUGCAAGGAAAAUUCCCUACAACUUCAAACUUGAUGUAGGGACACACACCAUUAACUACUCCGGACCCAAACUUAAUUGGGUACCAAAAUCUUCCUCCUCCUAAUAUAGGAAGCCGCUAAGUACCCAGGUGUCUGGUACUUAGACAGUGGCUGUUCAAGACACAUGACGGGUGAUGCGAGCCUUUUGAGCAAUCUAAUUCCCUAUGAUGGUCCAAGAGUUACUUUUGGAGGAAGCAAUGAUUUUGGUCUUACCAAAGGGCUAGGAAAUCUGGUGUACAAGGGACUAACCAUCCAAGCUGUUUCUUUUGUAGAAGGUCUCAAUUAUAACCUUCUUAGCAUAAGUCAGUUUUGUGAUAAAGGUUAUUCCUUGGAAUUCUGCAAGGACAUGGCAUCUCUCAAGAACAUCUCCACAAAUGAAGUCAUUCUCACUAGGAAGAGAAUCAGAAACAUCUAUGAAGUGAUGUGGGAUAAUGUCAAGGAAGCAUGUCUAAUCAGCAAAGACAAGGAUGAAGAAGCCAAUGAAGGAGAUAGAAUGAAGCCCACGGAGUUCAUUCCAUUCAGAAGUCUACCACUGAAGACUUCACAGAGAAAUCCGGAUUCAGACAGUGCUGAGCCUUCCGGAAAUCUUGGCCAGCCUUCCAAUAUUCCGGAUAUCUCAAACGGCGACAAUUCCGGAAAUGGCGACCCAGUGCCAAUCCAUCCGGAAACACCAACAACCUCUGUCCUUCAACCAGAAGCUGAACUAGAUCAACCAGUCAAUCCCAAUCAACACAAUCUUCGUUGGUUAAGGGAUCAUCCACCUCAACAGAUCAUUGGAGAUAUUCAAUCUGGUGUUC